UAUAUAGAACAUAUUUAAUUAAUAAGAUUUUAUAAAAAUAUUUUAAAUAUCAAUCAAUUCAUCGAUCGAAAGUUUUCGUAAAAUUAUGAGCAAUGAUUCGGGGUCUUCAUCAAGUAAUUCUCCGAAGGCAAAACAAACAUUUAUUAUACCGCCAAAUUUAUUAGCACAACUUGGGAUUAAACUAGAUGUAUUGCAGAAUGGAACUAAUCAUGAACAAAAUGUUGGUGAUGUCAAAACAAUUGCUGUUUCUACACCAAAACAAUCUCAAAAGACUAAAGACAAAAGUCUAACUAACAGUGCACAGUUGAAAAAAAUACAAAAAUUAUGUGAGCAAAAAAGCGCUUUCAGAAAUUCUGACAAGAUUUUAAAUUCUAGUAUGGAUAAGGAUUUAAAAAAUGUUCAAGAAUUGUCAAGUACAAAUAAAUUUAUACAUACAAAUGGUGCUGAUGGAGAUAGCAAAAAUAAUAGUGCUGUUGGCAUUAUUAAACAAAACGGAACUUUAACAUUUAAAAAUUUGAACUCAAGUCUCAAUGAAGAAAAAGAAAUUUUAUCACUUUAUACUGAAAAUGCAGUUAAUCAGAAUUCUACUAUUGAAUCUGUGAAACAAGAGCAAGUUUCAAAUACUAUUAAAAAUGAAUUUGAAGAUACUGAAUGCAGUUGUGAAAUGAACUACUUAAAUGGCAAAUUGAAUUGCUGUCGAAAGCAUUACUCAAGUACAAAUAAUUAUAAAAUGGAAGAAGAAACUAAUCUGAAAUUUGUUAUUGAAUCUUCAACUGCUGAAAAUAAUCAUUGUCUUUUGAAAAAUCAGAUAGAAGAUAAAAGUUGUUUUGAUUUGGAUUCUUCAUUGAAUAGUAAAAAUUCUGGAAAAGAUAUUAAUGUAAAGGAUUCACAACCAAAUUCAAAAAAACAAAAUAAAUUACAUUCAAUAGGAGAAAAAUCAAGUAUUCAUAAUACUAAUUUUAAAAGUAGUUUUAAUAUUGAAAAUUACUGCCAAAAAGUUGUAAAUCAUUUGCAAAAUGAAACAAAGAAGACAAAUGGUACUAUGGAGACAUCAUCAAUAAAAAUUAAUGAUCAUAAAAGUAGGAUAAGUAAUUCAAAAAUAAUUUCUAAUACUUCUAAAGAAGUCAUCAAACAAAUGAAUUGUGAUGAAAACACAAAACUUCAUAAAAAUACAUUAUUAACUGAAACAAAAUUAAACCUAUGUACAGAAAUUCAUACACUUGAAAGAGGACAUAAAAGAAAGCAGAAAAGUAAAUUGCAUGUUGACAUUAUGGAAAACACUAAUGAUCAACUUGAUUGUUCAGAUUAUAUCAAUGAUCAAGAUUCUGUUGCAAGUAAAAAUAAAACACCCAAAAUGUUACCUCAGCUUAAUAAUUCAGAGCAACCCUGUGUAUCAAAACUUACUACACCAAAACGACGCAAAACUGCUAAUCAAACUUUAAUGGAACAAACUGAAAUAAUUGUAGAAAAAAGAACUCCAAGAUUAAGUAAAAGUUUUACAGACUUUUGUGCUGGGAAAAAGAAGAAGCGAAAAAGGAUAGAUUCCAACUCAUCUGCUACUUCCGACGAUGGUAAUAUUUUUACUUUUGCAUCAGUAGAGAAUCAAGAUUUCUGCUAUAUGUAUAUAACACUACAAAGUAAAAGUAAUGAAACCUGUGAUAUUAAAUGCUUAAUGUGUGAUCAAUUUGUUGAAUCAAACUGGAGUUUACAUAAAUUAAUGCAUAAUAAUUUAGUUGAUGAGUCUUCAAUUGUAUCAGAUGAUAAAGCAUCUGAACAAAUUCUAAAUGAUAUUUUAUCCAAAACUGGUAUUCUCUUGUGUGAAAAAUGUUGUCAUUCAGAAAAUAAUGCUACAUCAUUUUUGAAUCAUAUUAAAACUUGCUCCAUUGCUUCAAAGAGAUGUUGUAAAAUUUGCAGACGAUUAUAUAUUAAGGUGACUAAAGAUGAUCAUGCAAAACUUCAUAAAAUCCAUUUUGAGAAUUUACUCCAUAAAUCCAAUAAGGAUCAUGAUAAGCCUAACAUAUCAAAAUUAAAUGUCCCCGGUGCUAAGGUUAUAUGUGCAUGCUGUGCUAAAGAAAUGAAUCACAUUGAUUGGGAGGAACAUAAUCUUACACAUAAUAAUCUAGCGUGGAUUCAGGGUCAAACUCCUGUUGAUCAGGAUCCAAAGAAAAUGAGAAAGAUACUUGACCCUAUAUUCAAAAAAAAUAAAUAUAUUACUUGCUAUAAUUGUAAAAGUAAUAUAUUAUCAAUCCCAAAAUUUAUAAAACAUCUGCAGAUGUGUAAAAAUAAUUUUGAAGGCAGAGAAUUGCCACUGCUGCGGGAUGUGUCAGCAAAUGACAAAAGUGAUCUCAAUAUUUCUGAGAACUUGCAUAAAACUCUGGUACAAGAUGAUAUUUCGACCAUGAAAUCUUCUGAUGACGUUCUUGAUAACUCAAAAAUAAUAAAUGAAGUUACAUGUGCACGAUGCAAUAAUUUGAUGCCUAGGAAGGAGUGGAAUAAACAUAAAAUUCAGCAUAAUAAUUUGGCAUGGAAUAAUGAAGAAUCGUCCAUAGAUUUAAAGAAUAAAUUCAUAUGCAAGAAAAUUUUAGAUGAGUUGGUAAUGCAAGGCGAAAUGUUGAAGUGUGAAUAUUGCAAUACAAAGAAAAAAACUACAACAGAAUAUUUUGAACAUCUUGAGAAUUGUACUAAAAUUAAGGAUAAAUGUGAAUUAACAUUUCUCACUGAUAAUACAUCCAUAAUUAGUUCUAAUGAAUUAGAGAAGUCAAGUGAUUUCAAUGAUACUGCUAUGGAUAUAGACAGCACAAUUAAUGAAAGCUCUUAUCUAUUUGAAGCAACUGAUGUUAAAGAUACUACACUCACAUCUGAUAAGGGAGGUGAUGAAAAUGAUCUUAACACUUCUAAAAAAACACGAGAAGUUAAAUGCGCACAAUGCAAUGAGUUGGUAUCCAUUAGUAAAUGGAGCGCUCACAAAGUUAAACACAAUAAUUUAGCAUGGAAUGAUGAAGAAACACCCAUUGACUUCAAUAAUAGAAGAUUGUGUGAAAAUAUUUUACAGAAGUUGUUGAAAAAGAACAAAUAUUUAAAAUGUGAAUUUUGCAAAAUCAAGAAAAAAAGUGCUGUAGGUUUUUUUUCUCAUUAUGAAAAGUGUAACAAAUCAGAAGAGGAGAUACUACUGACACGCGCACCUUGCCCAAUUUGUGGGCGUUCGUAUGCUAAAAGUAGUUUACCAACCCAUGUGUAUCAAGUACAUAAUUCUUCUAAGACACCGUCUAAUCAAGAUAAAAAUCAUAAGGAUAAAGUAGUUAUGAGAAAUCUGAAUGAAUCUAGAAAUAAGCGUCAUGCUGCAUCAAAAGCUUUGACUUUAAUAGAGGAUUUGAAGAAAGGUGUAGUUCAGCAGAACAAAACAAUUAAUGAUCUGUUUACAUCUCCGGCUGCGGUUAGAAUACCAAAUCCUGUUGUAAAAUGUUGGACAAAAGAAAUAAGUAAUUCAAAAGAUGGAAAAGCUAAUUGCCGAAAUAUACCAUGUACAUUUAGAAGUUCAGAUAUUGAUGAAUUAAAAUCUCACUAUACAAAUUGCAAUCUCCAUCCUAAACGAGGCUAUUGGUGUACAGUUUGCAAUUUUCGUUCUGAUGUGGAAGAUAUUAUGAAAGAGCAUGUAUCAAAGGAGCACAUCACGGAAUUGCAGAAAAAAAUCAUUGAUAGUGAUAUUUUAGGAGAACGUCAAGACAAGGAAUUUGAUAUUGACGCUGAAAAUGAAAGUGAAAAUGAUUUAGAGUAUGAUCUGUCUGGAGCAGAAUGGGAUGAUGCAGUAUCGGGCAUAGAAGGACAAAAUAAUUUCCAACGGACGCGUGGUGUUCCGCAAUUCUCUUUUCUCUUAAUAGAUCGAGCUUAUUAUAAUAUUCUUUCUCGUUACUACAAAGCAGCAAAAAAAUGGACUUUAAAAUUUCGAGAGAAAAAUUAUUCUGAAGAAUCUUUAUUUUGCCAUUUAUGUAACACAACCGGUAAUAUGGUUCCAACCGUUUUGCAAUCAUCUUAUAUAAGCAAGGGAGGAGAAAAUUCAACUAUGAUAACCUAUAUCAGUGGCCCUUAUAAAGAGUGUUUAGAAUCGGAAGACAUUGCUUGGAAGUCUUAUAAGAAAUAUGAAGGUUUUUGCAGUGAUGCAGGUAUAGCUACUAUAUUUUGUGGAGGACCAGUUUGGGGCUUAGCUUGGUGUCCAUUAGAAGAAGUUCAUAAUAUUGAAAACGAAGAAUUUGGUGAGCAGUUCAUAGCUGUUACAACUCACAGGAGCUUCGAUGAGGUGCCUAAACUUGAUAACAGUUUAAAUAUGGAUAAAAAAGGUGUAAUACAAAUUUGGAAAAUUGGAGUUUUGGAUGAUGAAAUAGAAAAGUGUACAACCAAUCCCAAACUAAUGUAUAUGAUUGCACAUAAUUAUGGGGCCAUUUGGAAAUUGGAAUGGUGUCCAUCUGGAGGUGUCUGCGAAUUUGAAAAACAAACAUUGCAUGGUGCUGAGAAAUAUAAACGAUUGGGUCUGCUAGCAGUUGCUGCUUCAGAUGGAAAUGUUUAUAUUUAUUCUAUAUGUCUUCCAAAAGUGUCAGAUUCAAAUGAGAUUCCAUUAUUUUAUCAGAAACCAGUAGCUGUUUUAACAAUGGGACAUGACAUGGAAAGUAGCGACCAUACGACGGCUUUAUCAUGGACAAAGGAAAAGGGCCAUAACAUAAUAGCUGCUGGUUUCAGUUCAGGUUUUGUUGCAUUUUGGAAUUUAUCAACUGAGAGCCCAUUAUUAAAACAUGAAUAUGCUGAUAUGUUGUGCUUUCAUCCCAACUUGAUUUUUAAAGCACAUUACACUGUAAUUUCAGCAUUGGUGGUUUUUCCGUACAUGGAUGCCUGUUAUUGUUUCACUGCUUCGAUGGACCGAUCGAUGCAGUACUGGCGCACAGACACAAGAAGUGGAUCUGUCGAUGCAUUUCCUCUAAAUGGACAUUUUGGGAAAACUAAUUGCAUAACCGCAGCUGGUACAAAUAUUCAUUGGAUGGCAGCCUUAGUUGCUUUGGAUGAAGCGUUUGGCUUUGGUAAAGCAAAUUCAAGUUUUUUCACAUUACGUGAUUUAACAUACAAGUCAACCAUUGUUUUGAAUUCGAGUUCCCUAAUUUGGGAUAUAGCUGCAUGCGAUUGGACUAAUGGAUUCUGUCAAGUAACUGAUGGUGGUGAAUUAAGUGCAAUAUACCCUCAUCAACUAAUGGCUUAUAUUGAUAGUUCAAAAAGGAUUAAAAAGACACGAUUAAUGCUAGGUGCAUGCUUAAUAAGGAAGUUAGAACUUGAUGAUAACAAAGAAGUACUAGGUAGUGCAGAUAAUGACACAAAUACAAUUAUUGAAACAGUUCAUGACGGGGACAAAAAUGUAAUACAAACAAAUAAGAUUAUUGAAAAUAAAGUUAAAAAUGAAAAAAAUAAUGCUAAAAAAAGUGUCAACAAAAAGAAAACUAAUCCUAAGGACAAGGGCAAAAAUUUAACCAAUUUGGAGUAUGAUACAAAAAGCAUCACUUCUUGGGAAGAAGAUUUGUCGGACACUGAAGACACUACAUCUACAGCAUUUGAUGCAGAUGCAGCUCAAAAUUUAAUUUUUAGGAGUUCUUACAAAGAUAUUGUACAAGAUUAUGGAUUAGUUUUUUAUGAUUUUCCAACAAAAAUAGAAACAAACUGCAAAGAGUAUGAAUCGCAAACUGUGGUAGCGCCAAACUAUCCACUUAACGCCCUAACAAGAGUGGCUUAUAAUCCUAAUAAAAAAUGUCACAGCUUUAUCGCCGUUGGAAUGAAUGCCGGUUUUGUCAGAGUGAGAUUUAUUGGUGAUACGAAACCGAAAAGCAUACGAUAAACAUAAUCUGUGAGAAUUGAUUCAAAGGCUGAGCAUUUUAUAUAUAACCAUAAGAUGUGAGAAUUGAUUCAAAAGCAGAGCAUUUUAAUUUGAUAGUUUUAUAUAUUAUAUAACCAUAAGAUAUGACAAUUGAUUCAAUGGCAGAGCAUUUUUUUUAAUUUCAAGUUUAAUUGUUUUUAUAAUAUUUUGACUGGAAAGUUUAUUUAGUUUUUCUUAACAUGUUCAUAUUUGGGGUUUUUAUAUAUUGUUAA